AUGGCGACGGAGCUGCUCCCCGUGGUGGACAUCCGGGCGCUCUCGCAGUCCGACCUUGACGCGCUCGCCGCCGCCUCCGCGCACGCCCUCGCGCCGCGGACCUGCCCCGACGCCGACCCGCUCCCGCCCCUCAAGAUCGACCGCGCCGUCUUCAACGAGAGCGCCGGUUCCCGGAAGCAGACCUUCUCCCGCCUCCGCCUCGGCGCCGCCGCCGCGUCCUCCUCCUCGCCCUCGCCCGCCCGUCACACCUCCUCCGCGCAGUCGUCCGCCGGGCGGGAGUACGACCCCGAGGGCGAAAUCGUCGCGUACCACCUCCGCCGCCUCUUCGUCCCCGAUGACCCCUCGCUCCCGCCCCCUCCCGAGUUCCAAACCCUAGCCCUACUACAAGACUCCUCCCCUCCGCCGCCGCCCCCCGACCCCGACCGGGAGACCACCAACGCCAAGGGGGUCUCCGUUGACCUGCUCAGGCUUGCGGGGAUGGUGGACCCCUACGAUGCCGAGCUGCGCAGGCGGACGGCCGGGAUGGCUUCCGAGGCCGAGGUGCAGGGUUUUAUCGACAGCCUUGCAGGGAAGUUUGUCAGCCCGAGGCAGCGGAGGAAGAAUGUGGACGCUUCCUUCUUUGGGGAUCACCUCCCUCGCGGGUGGAAGCUGCAGCUCGGGCUCAAGCGAAAGGGGGGACUCGUCUGGGUGCGCUGCUUCAGAUACGUGAGCCCCAAGGGAAGUCAGUUUUCUACUUGCAAGGAGGUUUCUGCAUACCUCAUGUCACUUCUCGGGUAUCCAGAGCUCAAACCAGCCACUAUUCAGUAUGAAAGCACAGGACAACAUUACUUGAGUGCUAACGGUGGUGAUGAUAGUGUUUUAGGUUUUCAAGAUCAAAUUGGUUCAAUUAUGGACAAGACAAAUGUACAUUCAGUUUCUUCUCUUGCCUUCUCCAGCUAUUCCAGUGAUCCAAACGAUGUGGAUGAAAGGAAUGUAGACAAAGUAAAUGCUUAUGAAUGCCAGAAAUGCAAUUUGACCUUUGGUGACCGGACUUCAUAUGUACAGCACCAUUUGUCAUAUCAUGAAAUGAGUGCUAAGAGGCGCAGGACUGGCAAGUUUGGUGAGCCAGUAGUAGGGAAAGAUGGUAAGUUUGAAUGCCCUAUUUGUCAUAAGACCUUUGAAGAGGAAUCACGGUACUUUGGCCAUGUCGGUUCUCAUGCAAGGUACGAAGGGUUGACUCCUGAAGCAUUUCUGGAUAAGGCUACUUCCAGAAGGGCAACUAAUGAUUCCUCGGCAGAAAUUUCAUUUAGCCUUCAGGAGUUGACUGAAUCACAUGGACAGAACAACAAGGUUUCUUAUGGUGAAGCAGGCUUUCAGCACCACAAUCAUUCAAACGAACAUGGUGACAAUAACUCUACAGUCACUGAGCUUUUUAGUACAAAUUAUUCAGAUAAUUUCAUUAGGCCAAAUAAAACUUGGAGUAGGCCUGAAGUGGGUCCUUCCUUUAAUGAUGCUCCAAGUGUAUGUAGAUAUACAAAUUUUACAGGCCAUGCUGAUGUGACAGUUCCAGAAAGGGCAUUGAUCUCCAAUAAUCAAUCUGUUAGCAACAUUAAUGGCUUUGCUGGAGUGGCUAUGUUUAGUGAUCAGCUGGGAAGUAACCAUGUUGUCAGACCUACUGCCUUUGGAACAGCCAAUCAUUAUCAGGACCAGAUUAUUGAUCGUGGCAGGGCUGCUCCGAGGCAUGCUGACAAUAAUACUGUGAAAGCAAGAGAUGUCAACCUCAAUUCAUGUGUAAAUACAAUAUCUUUCCCUAUUGCUAAUGCAGAUAAUGAAACAUCAGCUGCCCUUAAUGAAGCUAAUCGGUCAUCUUCUACUGCAAAAUGUUUUAGUGGCAGUUUCAAUAACAAUGAUGGUGCAUCUAGUGCGUCUUCCUGUUGCGGAUUGACCAAUAAAAUAUCUAGUUCAUUUGGCACAGCAAGCAAAACCCAAGCUGUUGGCUCCAGAUGCAUUGGUGCAAGCUAUGAGCCUUAUGGUGAAAAUUUUGGUGCUCUUAAAGAUAACCCUUUUGCAAGCAAGGACAAUACUGCAGUGUAUCAGUCCAAUUUGGGCACACAACCUGUCUACGCUGUGGCAACUAGGGCAGAUUAUUUUGCUUCUGGUUCAAUGCAGACAAAGAAUAGUGAUAAAGAACUUGCAUCCAGUGCCAAGGAACGGAUUGAUAACACGAAGAACAGAACAAGUAAAGAAGCAGGAUUUGUCACUGAAGCUAAUAGUGAUGUCUUUAGUGGUGGUAUUACUGAAAAGGGUUUUGCACAGUUCAGUAACAGUUUUACUCACACAAAGCCCAAUUCUUCUGGCCGUUGUUCACUACCUGCACCAAAAACUCCAACAAAUGGAAGUGAUAUCAACUGCAUCAAGGGCUCUUCGGUUAAUAGAGGUGAUGUUAGCUUCACAAAGGGCUCAUUUGUCAAUAGACCCAUCAACAACAAUGAACCAAAUGUAGCUAGGCUUGAGGUGAUGGGAAAGUUGAAUAAUGAGAUGCAAAACCACUAUAAUGAUCAUGCUCCUGGUUUUGACCCUCAUGCUGCAGCUAGUGCUAGCCGGAAUGCCAAUGGCCUUGUGUCUAUGCAGGCCAAUUUUGGUCGCAUGUCCUCUACAGUUCAAUCUGUUGCUGGUGUUUCAGUGACCAGCACAUCUCAAGAUCAGUGUGAUUUGCAACUUGGAUUUGGUGCACAGAAGCAGCAGAUAUUUUCUAGCCAUGGACAGCUUAGAAUGGCUACAGCUCGAUCCCCUCCGCCUGGGAGCAUUUCAAAAAAAAGUUCUGUACCCACUGAAUCCUCACAGUUUGGGAGCAUGGAUGGGCCUAAAUCUUUCCGCACUGGAACAUCUCAGUUUGGAGGCUUUGCAAGGCCUACUUUGGUGCCUGCUGCACCUUCUCAGUUUGGGAGCAUGGCUCAACCUAAUCAUGUGCAGUCUGCUCAAUCCUCUCAAUUCUCAAGCUUGGUUCAACCGAAUUCUAUUCCUCCUGCUGAAUCCUCUCAGUUUUUUGGGAGCACGGCUCGACCAAAUUCUGUAACUCCAGAAUCCUCACAGUUUGGGACCAUGGCCAGGCCAAAUUCUAUUCCUCCUGUAUCGUCACAGUUUGUUAACAUGCCCAGUCAAAAUUUUGUGAGCGCAUCCGAACCAACUCUAGUUUUGGGGUAUGCACCGCAGAUUGGAAGUGGCCCUCCACCUCAAGUCCAGUUAGGAUGGGAUUUGUCCUUACCAAGGAUGGUUACUGGUGGCAACAUGGUCACCUGUUUAUGUAUGUGGUGCAACAGUCAGUUCCAUCAUUUUGGCCCUAUCGAUGGACAGCAGCCUAGUUCUUUUGGCUUCAUUUGCCCCACCUGUAAAGAUCGGAUGUCUGGUCAGCACAAUAUGCCCAACAAUGGUUCAUGGCAGCCUUGA